AUGCGCCCUUGGGCUUCCCACUUCGCCGCUGUUCGAGCCAAGCGGCCUGCCGUGUGCAAAUUCCCGCCAGCAGCAGCAGCAGCAGGAGCAGCGUUGAGCGUUCGACUUGCGUAUACAGCACAACCCCUCGGAAACGCUGCCCCCCCCCAGAGAAGAACCUGCUCUCUGGCGGGGAGCGGCAAAGCGACAAGAGCGAACAUCGGAUGUGGCCGCUUCGCAGCUGCAACGUCGGAGGAGGCGCCCCCCCCCCCCUACAACUCCAGUACUGCCUCCAGGAUUCGCCAUUUGGUGGUCAUAGACUUGACCGAUAGAGUGGUGCCCUAUGAAAUUGCGUGGGCAGCGCAACACGCUCUGCUGCAGCAUCAAAUGCUGCAACUGGAAAGCCACAAGACGAAGGCCAAGGAGGAACCGAAAAGCGGCUCCUAUCUGGAGUUGCUUCCAGGGAUCGCGCCUUGCCGUGUCUCUGGAGAGACAGCGUGCGACUUUGCGAUUCUUACGCAGCAUCCCAGUGUCUACACACUUGGACAGGGCUCCAGCUUGUCGUUUGUCGCUGCAGACAUGCGGGAUAAGGAGAGCCAGCUGAAGCUGCCUCUCGAGCUGCAGCAGGAUGUACAGGACGCCUCUCAGGUUGCAAAGGCUUUGGGGGAUCUCGCCUCUGCGAUCGCGGCGCUGCGCGCUCCUGAGCGGGGGGACCUGAAGGGCCCCUCGGAGGGGGCCCCAGGUCUCGUGGGGGCCCCCCAGAAAGGGCGCAUGCGCGACGGGAGGGGGCCCCCCCAGCUGCUGCGCGUAGAACGGGGAGGACAGGUGACAUGGCACGGCCCUGGGCAGCUCGUGGUAUAUCCAAUUUUUGAUUUGCGGAAGCACCAGACAGACAUAAGGGCCUUUAUUGAUGCACUCGAGACAACGGCUGCACAGAGUCUCGUGCGUCUUUGGCAGACGACGCACCCCGCAGCGGCCUCUCUGCUGCAGCAGAAGCAGAAUCAGCAGAAGCAGAAACAACAAGCGCAGCGGCAUCAGAAUCAACGGCAGAAUCGGAAUCAACAAGAGCAGAUUCAGAACCAACAGGAGCAGCGAAACGACGCAGAAGCGGAGGACGUGGAGUGCUUGUCUCAGCCCUUCUUGCACCUACGACGGUGCAGGAGCAUGCCGGGUGUCUGGGCAGGAGGCCGGAAGGUCUGUGCUGUCGGAAUUCGCCUUAGACGGUGGAUUUCUUACCACGGGAUAGCUCUAAAUAUCAGCAACUCACUAGAGCCGUACAAGAGGAUCGUCCCCUGCGGUCUUGUAGGGAAAGAAGCAACAAAUGCGUGCGAGUGGAUCCGAUUCCUCCUGCAGCAAGUGCAGCAAUUGCAGCAGCACGAAGAGCACCAGCAAAUAACACAAGAAUUGCAGCACGGGCUGCAGCAACACGAGACGGUACAGUCUCAUAGUUCGCUGCUGCCAAUCGCCGCAACUUGUGUUGUGGAGGCCCUCCGCCAAACCUUCGGGUUUACUUCCCUUUCUGUCACCAAGGACCUCCAGGCAGCACUACAGCUAGCUAGCCGUAUGCACAGCUAG